AUGAGUGAUUCAGAAGAUCAAGAGGAGAGAGAUAACUUGGCCGCGAGAGAGAUCGCGCUGGCCGAGCAGCACGAAGAUCCGCCGGAUCCGAAUGCGCGCACGAUCGCGCCAAUGAGAUGCCGCGAGAUGGAGCGCGACACAAUGAGGAAUGCAGGAGGUGCACCCAAAGAGUACUUAAAGUGCAAACUAUUCUCUUUCACUUUGACAGGGAAGGCUUUGCGCUGGGUUAAGUCUCUUCCAGCUCAAUCCAUAACCACAUGGAAAGAGUACAAGGUGGCAUUCCUAGGUCACUUUUUCACAAAGCAAAGAGCAAACUUGUUGAGAGAAAAGAUCUCUAGUUUCCAACAAGGGCCGGUGGAGCCUUUUCAUGAAGCAUUGGAGCGCUUCAAAGACUAUACAAGAGAGUGUCCUAACCAUGGGCUAUCUGAGGGCAGUCUAUGGAACAUUUUCUACAGAGGAAUAAGUGGGAAGUGUAGAUUUUCUCUUGAUACAGCCAGCAAUGGAAAUUUCAUGACCAAGACAGUUACUGAAGCAAAGAUUUUGAUUGAAAAUCUAGCCUCAAGCGACAGUGACAACUUCAUUGGGCAUGAGAGAGCAGUGAAGGCCAUAAAUUCUGAUCCAUACAGAGAUGGAUACAGUGAAUCAAAGCCAUGA